ACUGUUUGUAAACAAAAAAUGAGAAUUGGAGGAAAAGAACAAAAUUUAGUCAAAUAAAUCGAUCACAGUGCUCUGUAAUUUUAUAUAAACCAUUUAAUUGGACAUUUGGAAACACAAUGUCGUCUCUCAUUUCACACUUCAAGUUAUUGUCUUUAAGAAGUUGUUAUGGAACUCAGAUUGGAACCAGAAGCAUUCAUAUUAUGAAUAACCCCUUGUAUUUUCGUUUUACACCUGCUCUGAGUGCUGAACCAUUAAGGAAAAAGCGUAGGAUUGAUCCUGCAGUUUUGAGAGAAAGAGCAGAAAAGAAAAUCAAAAGAAUUCAAAGAGAUAUUCGGCGGCUUGAGAAAGUUGCAAAACAAUUUAAACCGCUAGCAGAAUUAGAACCUCCUAAAACAAUAUUAAGAGAAAGUGAUCGUGCAAGGCCUCCAGUUCAGCUUUCUGAUGCUGAAAUUCAAGAAAGAGCAGAGAUAAAGCAGCAAUGGGCUGUUUAUAAAAGAAGAGAACAUGUUGCAGAGCUGAAUGCUAUACAGAGCCUAAUAUCUGCUCAAGAGAAAGCUAUGGAUGCUUUACAAGAAGCUUCACCUGAGCUGUACGAAGAGGCUUUACAGCCUGAUCCAGCAUUAGUACCCUUUACUUUGAAAGGUCCUGUUGAAACACCACCUGUUGAAAACUAUGACUAUCCCGAUGGUGAUUACUUUGAUGUAACAAAGCAAUACAAACCUAUAGUUCCUUUAGAUCCUAAAAAACAACGGAGAUUGGGUUUGCUUCGAAAGAAAUAAACAUUUUCCUUUGUAUGCAGUUAGUGUGCUUGACUACAUAUUAUUAUUAUUAUUAUUAUUACUUUCUUGUAAAAUUUUCAAAGUUGUGUACCUAACGAAAUUUCAACAGCAUUGCAUUUUUGUUCUCAAAAUCAUUUUUAUUUGUCAAAAUAAUAA